UAGGUCAGGCUCAUCAUCAGUUGGUCCAUGAGCAGUUCUCAAUCAAAGUUUACAGUUAAAUAACGCUUUAAAUAACAAAAACUACAACUCCCAGCCUGCUCUUCGACCACUGUCUACUUGUUGUGGUCAGUGUGAAACAGACAUGUCCGGCAGCAGCACACACUGAGCUCCAGUUGCACUCAUCCUUCCUGCUACAUCGAACAAGUUUGAAGUGUCAUGCCAGUCCCAGCGAUGGCAGAGCCUGCUGUCGAUCACCAGAAACGGUUCACGGCUGCUGUGGAUGUCAUUCAUAAUCUCCCCAAAAGUGGCUCCUACCAGCCGUCCUAUGAGGUGAUGCUGCGUUUCUACAGCUUGUAUAAGCAGGCGGUGUGUGGACCCUGCACUGUGCCUCGACCUGGCUUCUGGGACCCAGUGGGCCGCUACAAAUGGGACGCCUGGAGCCGGCUGGGGGAGAUGAGCAGAGAGAACGCCAUGGCAGCAUAUGUGGAUGAGAUGAAGAAAGUAGCACAGGAGGUCAUCGACUCCACGCCCAUGAAUGAGAAGACGGCCUCUAUGUUUCACCACUUCGAGCCUCUCUACCUGGUGAUUGAUGACAUGCCUCGGCCUCCAGAGUCUCUGCUCAAGCUCAAAGAAGGCGUUAAAGGCAGCGAUGAGCCGGCUGACAGACCAGCAGAGACGAAGGCUGAGGAUGAGGAGCAGGAGCAGGAGGAGCCUCCAGAAGAAUCUCCUCCUACAGAAGAUGCAGAUCCAGAGCAGGACUUCAUCCUCACUGAGGUUGUAGAUCUCACUGCCAACACCAUCACUAAUGACUCUGGUGUGUGUGAAGGUUUGGUGUUGACCAGCGACUCAGAGAGCGAGAUCUUCUGUGACUCUGUGGAUUCAGUGGAACAGCUGGGCAGCGUCAAGAUUCCACUCGUCAAGUCCAACGGCUUCCAGAACGGCCACGCCUCCCUACAGUCCUCCCCAGCUCAGAGCCAGCAGCUGGAAGGCCGACUGGAGGUCAGACAGGUGGGAGCGGGUCAGGGCGGAGAAGGGGCGGAGGACGGGAAGGGUCAGGGUCCUAACAGGAGGAGUCGAGACAGCGGGAGGGAAGCUUCCAACCACAACUGGAGAGAUCGUGGGGUUCCUCAGGGCAGCCCGAGGCGGGGGGCCCCUGGAGGCGGGGGGGGCGGGGCCGGACGAGGAGGAGGGGACGGGUCAGAGGGAGGGACAGAGAGGCUGCAUGACGCUCAGCUCCAGCAGCAGAUCAUUCUGGCUCUGAGGAGGCUGAGAGAGGACAUGAGGAGUGUGAUGGAAAGACUGGAGGUGGUGGAGAGACUCGCUGCCACACAUGCUCAGGGUUCAGAGUGGAGACCAUGUCUGCAGUGUGCAGCCACAGCAUCACAACAGCAGGAGGAGAAGUGUUGGCCGUUCGACGUGUCCGGUCAGACGGUGGUCCUCUUCCUGGUGUGGCCGUUCGUCGCUCAGGGUCUGGUCUACCUGCUGAGGAAAGCCCAGAAGAGAAGAGGCAUAUCUUCAUGAAGCAGGAAUCCACCAUCUGUACAGGAGUGAAGGAUCCACAUCCUCCCUCACUGUGUGCACUGGACAGAAGGCAGGAGGAGGGACGUUUGUGGACUUGAUGUCUGUACGGGACAGAAACGUGUUUCUCAAAUCCUCACAAAUCACUCACUGCAGCAAACUGUCAUUUAAAUUAUUCAAGUUGAUUCAUCAGCCGGCAUGAAAAACACCUGGAUGUGUGCUUGUACUGCUGAUGGAUUAUAACGUACAUUCACCUUUAUUCCUUUUCUAGUGGGUUUUGGUACAAUAAGCUCCAUGUUUUGUAAUAUACAGAAUAUGAUCAGCAUCAGAAGAAGCGUCUGUGUGUAGGAGUGAAACUACAGAUGGUCCCACUGAAAAUGUUGGAUGCUUAUUUAAUUGUAAUCACGUCACAGUCCCUCUUUAAUGUCUGUUAACUCCAAAAUGACACUAAACUGUAAAUGUCAGCAGAUCUGAGGAGCAGCUGUGAAUCAGCUGGAGGUGACAUCAUCUCUGCUUCCGUCUCCACAUCAUGACAUCUGUUCUGAUCACAGUUAUCUCUCCAGUCAUCAGAUUGUUGCUGCUGCUGAUUGUAACCUGAUGGUACUGAACUGAUGAGUGUAACUGAAGCCAUUGUCACUGAAUGAUGAAGAACUGUUGUCAAACUGCCCUAUAAUGAUGAGUCAUGUGUUCCACUGACACAGCUCUGAUU